AUGUGGUUGAACACAGAUUCUCCCCGGAGGUCAUCCAGCGUCCCCAUUAACAUUAACCUGCACGGUGCUCGCAGGCGGCAGACACGGUAAGAGGACUUCGUGCCCACACCGGUGGCUCAGGACCACAGUCGGAUCCGAGGAGCAGAUGGGGAAGGAGGGCAGGGGGCUCGGACCCAGGUGCUAGUGUCGAGUGUUGGGGAGGACCGGGCCAUCCUGCUGGGCUUCGCCAUGAUAGCCUUCUCUGCGCUCAUGUUCUUUGUAGUCGGCCUCACCGUGAUCAAACCCUUUGUUAACAGUGGCUGGGAUGAUGGGAAAGCCAGCUGUGUGCUGCAGAAGAGUGAGAUACUGGAGGAGUGGGUGGACUGCAGAGGUGUGAGCACAGUGCCAUGCCUCAAGGCGACGGUGACGGUUUACUUCAAUGGCUCCUCUGAGGAGGCCGUGCUCCACUUUGAUGACGAAUCAGUUCUCCUUGCAACUGAGUGUUUCUACAUGCCCAAAUGUCAAAUGGACAGAAAAGCACUUCAAGAACAAGUACAGAAAGUGAGCAACAGCUUGGACAGCCGGCUCAGGAGAAAUACCACGUGCUUCACCGAUCAGAUGAGGCACCCCAACCACGUCAUCUUAGACAGGAAGUACACUUUGAAGAGAGUGCUGUCUGCACUGCUGUGGCCCUGUCUGCUGCUGGGUGGUGGCGCUCUGCUUGUGGGCCUUGUGAAACUGACUCAGUAUCUAGCCCGUCUGUCCGCAGAGGUGUGCGCUCGGACCGCAGGGGGCAGGCUGACUUUAACACACGCGCAGGGCAAACUGUACAGACUGCUCCGUAGGUCCAGCACGCAGUCUCCUUCAUGA